GUCACCCUGAGCAGGAAAGGGAGCGAGUUGGCAUUCCUAGAAAGGGGGCCAGCGCACUUUCUUGCGGGGAGCGACCUCCGUGGCACCUCACCCCAGCCCCCUCUCCAAAGAUCUGUUUCUUCAGAAAGGGAUAGCAAAAGUGGAAGAAGAGAAGAAGAGUUUGGAUUUAUACCCUACCUUUCUCACCUGUAAGGAGACUCGGCAGUUUACAAACACCCUUCCCUUCCUCUCCCCACAACAGAGACACCUUGUUAGAGGGAAAUCUGUGGUUGGAUUCAUCUUCCUUUGCUUGCCGGUGUAGAGAGCACCGUAAUUUGCUCCUAGAACACCUUGUUGGCUGUGCAGUGCUUCGUAGCUCCACCCAUUUGACUAUUCCUGGACUUGAGAAAGAAACGGGUAGAAAAACCUUUUAGCUGAGCCUCCACUUCAAGAUGAACAGCUCUGCUCGCUCUGAAAAAGAAAGAUUUCCUAAUGCCACCAGGACUGUGAAGAACAGGGGAUUCAGGGGACGAAGGCUGCGGAAGGCCCGGGGUGGGGGCCUUGUCAGCUCAGAUGGCCCCCGCCAGCGUUUCAGGCAGUUCCCCUACCAGGAGGCCAAGGGGCCCCGAGAGACUUGCAGCCGAAUCCACCGACUUUGCCGCCAGUGGCUGAAGCCAGAAAGGCACAGCAAGAUGGAGAUGCUGGACCUGGUGAUCCUGGAGCAGUUCCUGGCUGUCUUGCCCACGGAGAUGCAGAGCUGGGUCAGGGAAUGUGGGCCAGAGUCCAGUUCCCAGGCGGUGGCCCUGGUGGAAGGCUUCCUCAUGAGCCAGGCAGAGGACAAGAUGCAGGACGAGCAGACCGCUGAUGCUCCUGAGGCAGAGAAAAGUCCAUCCAACACUUGCAAAAGUCCAGUUCUCAAUGGGACGCCACAGGAGGAUGGCCAACUGGGCAAUGGAAGAACGUUGACGCUUCAUUUUAGACUUUCUCAUGGGGGUGGAAUAGAAACUACCUCUGAGCAGCCAGAUCAGGACAUGGUGACCUUUGAGGACGUGACUGUGUAUUUCACAGAGGAGGAGUGGGAUCUACUGGAUCCAGACCAAAGGGCCUUGCACAGAGAAGUCGUGGCAGAGAAUUGCAGGAACUUGGAGUUUCUGGGACUCGUUCCUCCUGAUAUCGGUUGUGGAAGGACACUAAUGCUUAAUUCCAGAUCUUCCGAUUGCGGUGGAACAGAAACCACCUCUGGGGAAACAGAUCAGGGUCUAGUGGCCUUUGAGGAUGUGGCCGUAUGUUUCUCAGACGAGGAGUGGGCUCUACUAGAUCCAGACCAGCAAGCCCUGCACCAGGAAAUCAUGGAGGAGAACUGCAGGAAUCUGACCUCUCUGGGAAUAUCUCCCUCUGUAUUGGCUGGUGUUGUGGGGGAACCUAAGGAACAAGAACAGCAAAGCCAGGAAACCGAAGUAAAGGAGAUGGAGAAAUCUGUGGCCUCUGAAAAGCCCAGCAGUCCAGAAAACCCAAGCCAAGGAGAACAUGGCAAAGGAAAUAAAAGAAACAAGCGGCAUUGCUUUGCAAAAGCCUUUACUAGUAAGUUAGUCCUUAGACCCCGCUGGAAAAUGUCCAAUGGUGGGAAAAGCUCAGACUUUGGAAAGAGCUUCAGUCAGACCAGAAAUCAUACUUCCCAUCCAAAGGCAUCCAAAGGGGAAAGGCCGUAUCAGUGCCCAAUGUGUGAGAAGAGGUUUGUCCAGAGUGCUCAUCUUGUUGCCCACCGGAGAACCCACACAGGAGAGAAGCCAUAUAAAUGCAAAGAAUGCGGAAAGAGGUUCACUGAGGGCAAAAGUCUUGUUGCCCAUCAGAGAAUCCAUACUGGGGAAAAGCCCUUUGAGUGCUCUGUCUGUGGGAAAAGGUUCAGAGUCAGCAUAACCCUGACUUACCACCAAAGAAUCCACACUGGAGAGAAACCAUAUGACUGCACAAUAUGUGGGAAGAUUUUCAGAGUCAGCUCAAGUCUUCGUUCACAUCAGAGGAUCCACACAGGGGAGAAACCGUAUAAAUGUUCGGUGUGUGGCAAGAGUUUCGUUCAGAGUGCACAUCUCAGUUCCCACCAGAGAAUUCACACAGGGGAGAAACCGUUUCAAUGUUCAAAAUGCGGAAAGACCUUCAAUCAGAACGCAAACCUUAUUAGACAUCAAAAAACCCAUUCUAGAUAGCAACCAUAUAAAUGCUUAGAGUUUGGGAAGAGUCUCAGUGGCCACACUAAACUUCCCCUUGGUACCCACCACAGGUGAGUUCAACCCUUUAACUGCAGAGUUAGCCCUUGCAAGCACUAGACUGACCAAUACUCAACAAGUCAGCAUACUAGCCCCAGAUUGUGUGUGUUAUUAAUUGUUGAUAAUAAUGAUAUUUAUUUAUCCAGAAUAUUUAUGUACCCUUCCUUUCUGCAGACAUAGGAAGAACCUAAGGCUUGUUCUGUUUACAAAGUACCUACAUAUCUUAUUGUUGAAGGCUUUCAU